AUGUUCGGCGACGGGGAAGUGCUUGUCUCGCACAUUCAAUAUGCAGAUGACACUCUUAUUACGGGUACCAAAAGUUGGAAAAAUGUUUGGGCGAUCAAGGCAAUAUUGCAGUUGUUCGAACUGGUUUCGGGACUGAAAGUCAAUUUUUACAAAAGUUGUUUAAUUGGUAUUAAUAUUUAUGAGGUAUGGCUGGUGGAGGUGGAAUUUGUGCUGAAUAGGAAGGUUGGUGGGACUCCUUUCAAAUAUCUUGGAAUCCCAGUUGGAGGGAAUCACCGAAAUCUGAGUUUAUGGAAGGGUGUGAUCGACGCGAUCUCGAAGAGUGAGGUGACGCAAGUAGAAACUAUCAAACAUUUGGCGGUAGCUUGGAAUUGUCUUAUUUCUCUUAAAAUAUCAAUUCUUGCAUGGAGAGUUUGGCAAAAUAGACUACUGACUAGGGAUAACUUGGUAAAGAGGGACAUUUUAGAUGAAUCUCAAAAUUCAUGUCCGUUUGACUGCGCUAAAGAGGAAAAUAUCUCGCAUAUUUUCUUCGAAUGUCCAUCGACUUUGGCAACAUGGAGCGAGAUUUUCAGAUGGCUUGGCUUUAUGUUUGCUAUGCAUAACUCGUCGUGGCAGAACUUUGUCCAAUUUGCAGGUAUUACACAGCGUGGUAGUGUUUUCAAGGAGAGAUCUGCUAUUUUUGACAUUCAAGCUGGUUCUUGGAGAUGGCUGAAGCCGAAAAUCAAGAGAUUUAGUUUCAAUUUGUUCCAUUGGAUUUCAAAUCCAAAAGUGUGUAUCGGCUGGACAGAUUAG